UCCGCCAAAUUGUUGACUGCAGAGAGAUUUGGUAGCUCUCUCACUGUGGCUUCGACCGAAAGUCCCAAACCAUGGCGAUGCAGCCAGUAAAAAAGAAGAAAUGCCUCUCCAGCCUGCCGCAAGAGAUCAUUGAACUGAUACUUGUGAGGCUUCCUGUGAGCGAUCUGCUGGGGUGCCGUGUUGUCUGCAAGCAGUGGGGUGGCAUCAUCCGGGAUCCGCAGUUCACCAUGGCACACCUCCGGCGUGCGCGGCCUCGCCCCCUUUUAUUUUUCCAACGAGGCAGGGCUUCACGCAAGUCCUGCCCCAGCGAAGCAGUCCUCCUUGAUGAGGCCUGGUCGCCAUCAACACGGGAUGUGCCAGUGAUCGAGCCUGAUGACUUCUUGUGCGCCUCGUGCAAUGGCCUUGUUUGCUUGUACUCGGAUAAAUCAACCAUCAAGAUUGCCAACCUCGCCACCGGUGAAAGUAUGCACCUCGCCAAGCCCGUCGAGUGCUCGACGGAUGAUCACCCAUCUUUCUACAGCUUUGGUUUCAGUCCAGUUACAAAUGAAUACAAGAUCGUGCACUUCCUUCCGGGCGAGGAGCGCCACCAUGUUGGUGGUUCAUUCAGUGUCAUUCAAGUUUACACGCUGGGUGAUGAGAAGUGGAGGGUUGUGAGAACUGAACAAGCUCUGAGCUUGCUCUAUUUGAAACAAAGUGGGGUUGUCAACGCUGAUGGAGCAAUAUACUGGCUAACCAAAGACCAAGAAAGCAGCUGGGGACGGGCCGUCGUAUCCUUUGAUCUCACAGAUGAACGUCAGAAGUUAAUACGGUUGCCCCAAGUUGAUUUUGCAGAUCCUGCAUUUGGUAAUCCGUUGUGUCGGAUCACCGAGAUAGAUUCAGAGGUGUCUGUGGCUGCUGUUCAAACCAGAAGAGAUUCUGGGCUUGCAGGGAGGCUGCAUGUUUGGACACUUGACAACAAGGAGCAAAGUUGGACCCAGAAGUAUGGUAUUGAGUUAUCAGCACUUGCCAUUCCAGGACCACAUUUCAUCUACGGGGAUAAGAUUGUCAUGCAUAAUGGCAAUGGUGGCAUCUAUUGCCAUGAAUUGACGAGCCAGCGGUUUACGAUUGACGUAACCACGUUGGUGAAGCUGUUAGAUUCCAGCCCCCGCUGGUCCGGGAAUAUGCAAUCCUAUAUGUAUGUGAAGUCACUUGUGCGGUUGGAUGCAUACAAGAAGGCCGGUAUCGUGCGCACGCGGAAGCGAAAAGAAGGUUGGAAAUUGAAGAAGUGGGAGGCAUGGGAACACGUCCAUUCUGAGAUACAGGAGCUGUGGAGAUCCAGCCAUCGUAUGCAGCAAAGGAUGCAUGAUAGCCCCCGCCGACGGCGGCUUAAUUGGGUCGAGCAGUGGCGGGUGAUGGAAAUGCUGGAAUCUCAUUGGGAUAGUUUGGAUGCUCCGUCGAAGGUACGGUGUGGAGGUCUUCUUUGA